AUGAAGUCUACUUUACGGCUUUUGGCAAAAGCUACAAAAGCAAGUAAGAAAACUGGCCCUAGUGUUCGUGAUGAAUCCGUGCAGCUUCUGAGAAGUGCAUUGUAUGAAAUCCCCAAUGAAAAUGCUCUACAUAUGGACAAGGAAUCAUGGAAAAAGCAUGAAAUUAUCAAUAGAGCCUGGGGCAUACAUCAAAGUAGAAAGCAAAAAGAAUUGAAAUGUUCAUAUGAGAAACAAUUCCAAGCUAUGCAAGAGGCCUGUGAGGAACUUCGUUUAACCAGCGAAAGUCUGUUUAAUGCCUCUAUGACAGGAUCAAAAAGUCGGAGAUUCCCUAUACAGACACGGAUACCCACAGACACUCCCCCAAGAAUUAUGAGUUAA